AUAUCCGCAUUAGCAAUGCUGUAACGUUAUUCAUUCGUGUUAAUUGAUUUCGAUAAAUCAGCUAACUGUUACCUGUGAAUAUGGCACACUUUAACCUAUUCUUUCUAUCAGUGAUACAUCUGGUCAAAAUAUCCCUUCAGGAAGAAAAUUACAUAGUUCGCACGGAUUCGUGUGCCAUUCCAAAUAUCCCAGCGCAGAUAUCCGAAUUUUGGCAGUACCCUUUAAACUCCACCGAGCCAAUGAAAUGUUCAGUUUACGACGAGCUACUCAGCUAUGUUACGAAAGAAAACAACGUUGCCACUCUAAGGUUGAGAACCGACCUCAUAGCGGAUAUUUACGGGUCGGAAAGUGCCUUAAAUUGUUGCUAUAGCCUUUUGUAUCGCAACGGAACGGAAGAAGUGCCAGAUGAAGGCGUAGUUACAUCUCAAUGUAUUCCGUUCCGAAAGAAAGUACCUCUGCAGCACCACCUCGUGUGGGUUAAAUGCAACCUAGCAUACGCACCGACCACUCUGGCAUACGAAAAUAUACAUCAAGUUAUCACAAUCACCGAAGAAGUCGAAAGGAAAGGUAGAUCUCUAAAAACAAGAGCGCAACCCAUCAGUAUUUUAUUUGUGGUCCUGGACGGAGUUUCCCGCCUCAACUUCGUAAGGACCAUGCCAGAAACCAGGAAAUAUAUUUUAGAAAAUAAAUUUUACGAAUUUAAAGGUUACAAUAAAGUGCACGACAAUACAUUUCCAAAUUUUAUGGCUUGGUUGAGCGGGAUGAAUUUGACAGAUUCGAUUCAGGUCUGCAAACCUAAAGAAGUUGAAGGACUUUCGAACUGUCCUCUAAUUUGGAACACGUUUAGACGAUCGGGUUACGCGACGGCUUAUGCUGAGGAUUGGUCAUCUAUAUCAACGUUUAACUAUUUAAAGAAAGGGUUCAAGUAUCCACCAACAGAUUAUUACUUUAAACCCUACAUUGAUGCAACUGAUGGGCUAUACAUUCAGUACCAAGAUACAAUGCCAUUUUGUACUGGACCCGUAUCUGCAGGUGAAAGAAUAUUAAAUUUGGCCGAAGAUUUUACAAGGACCAUGAGAGGGUUGCCGAGUUUCGGUGUAUUUUGGAUGAACACAUUUAGUCACAAUAACAUGAACACAACUCGAAAAAUGGAUUCCAGAAUGAAACGAUUUUUUGAAACGCUCAAAAGCGAUGGAGUUUUAGACGAAAACGUUGUGAUCUUUUUGAGCGAUCACGGCAACAGGUUCGGAAAUUUAAUCGGAACUCCGAGGGGUUUUUUCGAGGAAAGACUUCCGAUGAACUACAUAUCUCUGCCAACAUGGUUUAGAAAUAAAUUCACAAAAGAGAGCAAGAAUUUCCAAGAAAACGCCAACAAACUAACGAGUACCUACGACCUAUACGUAACCCUUCAGCACUUAAUAGUACUUUCUGGAUUAGAUUAUACCAUUAAAACUAGUAGAGCCUGUUCUACUUGUCAGUCACUAUUUCAAGAAUUGCCUGUCGACAGGGGUUGUCCACAUGCAGGUAUUCCCGAAAAAUGGUGUUCGUGUAUUGGUCACCUAAAAUACGAAUUUCUAAGCGCCCAAGAUAUGAGAGAACUAGAAAAAAUUAUUCAACAUACUAUCGAUGGACCAAUCAAGAAUACAAUGGAACUGGACCAAAUUGUAAAAAGUUCGUACGCCUAUAGUAUAGAGAACGUGGUUGAAAGUGAACGUAGAAAAAAUCCGUUUAGAGGAAACGAAAUAGUAAAUUAUCGAUUAGUCAGGUUUGUCACGGACCUAUUCAGCCCCUAUCAGAUCAUGCUAUCGAAAUCCAACUCCAGUGAGUCAACGAGGAUCGUCCAUAUACGAAAAGUUUAUUGAGUUGUUUCAAUGCACGAAAAUUUAUUAUAUGAGA